AUGCGAAAGGGGAGCUGUUGGAAUUCAAAUAGACUUUCUGGUUCCCAGCAGUCGGCAGUAAUAGAAUGCUUUCAGGAAGAUGACAGAAUCAGGAGAAAGAUGCUGUUUUGCACUAUCUUGAUUUGUUACAGCAGCCAACUUAUUGGCAUGAUGGAGUGACAGGAAAAACAGCUGGCAUGGAAGAUGAAAGAGAAGAUGUUCAAAAGAAAACAUUCACAAAAUGGAUAAAUGCACAAUUUUCUAAGUUUGGGAAGCAGCACAUAGAGAACCUCUUCAGUGACCUGCAGGAUGGGAGACGCCUCCUAGACCUUCUCGAAGGCCUGACAGGGCAAAAACUGCCAAAAGAAAAAGGAUCCACAAGAGUUCAUGCCCUGAACAAUGUCAACAAGGCACUGAGGGUCUUGCAGAAAAAUAAUGUUGAUUUAGUGAAUAUCGGAAGCGCUGACAUAGUAGAUGGAAAUCACAAACUGACUCUUGGUUUGAUUUGGAAUAUAAUCCUCCACUGGCAGGUCAAAAAUGUAAUGAAAAAUAUCAUGGCUGGAUUGCAACAAACCAACAGUGAAAAGAUUCUCCUGAGCUGGGUCCGACAAUCAACUCGUAAUUAUCCACAGGUUAAUGUCAUUAACUUCACCACCAGCUGGUCUGAUGGUCUGGCUUUGAACGCUCUCAUCCAUAGUCAUAGGCCAGACCUGUUUGAUUGGAAUAGUGUGGUUUCCCAGCAGUCAGCCACACAAAGACUGGAACAUGCAUUCAACAUCGCCAAACAUCAGUUAGGCAUAGAGAAACUGCUGGAUCCUGAAGAUGUUGCCACCACUUAUCCAGAUAAGAAGUCCAUCUUAAUGUACGUCACAUCACUCUUUCAAGUUUUGCCUCAACAAGUGAGCAUUGAAGCCAUCCAGGAAGUGGAAAUGUUACCAAGGCCAUCCAAAGUUACUAGAGAAGAACAUUUUCAGUUACAUCAUCAAAUGCACUAUUCUCAACAGAUCACAGUCAGUCUAGCACAGGGCUAUGAAAGAACUUCCUCUCCUAAGCCGCGAUUCAAGAGCUAUGCCUACACACAGGCUGCUUAUGUCUCCACCUCUGACCCCACACGGAGCCCAUUUCCUUCACAGCAGUUGGAAGCUCCUGAAGACAAGUCAUUUGGCAGUCCGCUGAUGGGGACCGAAGUAAACCUGGACAGUUACCAAACAGCUUUAGAAGAAGUACUCUCAUGGCUUCUCUCAGCUGAGGACACAUUGCAAGCACAGGGAGAGAUUUCUAAUAAUGUAGAAGAAGUGAAAGAACAGUUUCAUACUCAUGAGGGGUACAUGAUGGAUUUGACAUCCCAUCAGGGACGGGUUGGUAGUGUCCUACAAUUGGGAAGUCAACUUAUCGGAACCGGAAAAUUAUCAGAAGAUGAAGAAACUGAAGUACAAGAACAAAUGAAUCUCCUAAAUUCAAGAUGGGAAUGCCUCAGGGUAGCUAGCAUGGAGAAGCAAAGCAAUUUACAUAAAGUUUUAAUGGAUCUCCAGAAUCAGCAACUGAAAGAGUUAAAUGAUUGGCUAACAGAAACAGAAGCGAGAACAAGGAAAAUGGAGAAAGAGCCUCUUGGACCUGAUCUUGAGGACCUAAAACGCCAAGUACAACAACAUAAGGUGCUUCAAGAAGACCUAGAACAGGAACAAGUCAGGGUUAAUUCUCUCACUCACAUGGUGGUGGUCGUUGAUGAAUCCAGCGGAGAUCAUGCAACUGCGGCUUUGGAAGAACAACUUAAGGUACUGGGAGACCGAUGGGCAAACAUCUGUAAGUGGACCGAAGACCGCUGGGUUCUUUUACAAGAUAUCCUCCUAAAAUGGCAACGUUUUACUGAAGAACAGUGCCUUUUUAGUACAUGGCUUUCAGAAAAAGAAGAUGCAGUAAGCAAGAUUCACACAAGUGGCUUUAAAGAUCAAAGUGAAAUGUUAUCAAGUCUUCAAAAACUGGCUGUUCUAAAAACAGAACUAGAAAAGAAAAAGCAAACCAUGGACAAACUCUGCUCACUGAACCAGGAUCUUCUUUCAACACUGAAAAAUACAUCAGUAACCCAAAAGAUGGAAGCAUGGCUGGACAACUUUGCCCAGCGUUGGGAUAACUUAGUCCAAAAACUUGAAAAGAGCUCAUCACAGAUUUCACAGGCUGUCACCACCACUCAGCCAUCACUAACACAGACAACUGUAAUGGAAACGGUAACUAUGGUGACGACAAGGGAACAAAUCCUGGUAAAGCAUGGCCACGAGGAGCUUCCACCACCGCCACCCCAGAAGAAGAGGCAGAUUAUUGUGGAUUCCGAAAUUAGGAAAAGGUUGGAUGUCGAUAUAACUGAACUUCACAGUUGGAUUACUCGUUCGGAAGCUGUGUUGCAGAGUCCUGAAUUUGCAAUCUAUCGGAAGGAAGGCAACUUCUCAGACCUUAAAGAAAAAGUCAAAGCCAUAGAGCGAGAAAAAGCCGAGAAGUUCAGAAAACUACAAGAUGCCAGCCGAUCAGCUCAGGCCCUGGUGGAACAGAUGGUGAAUGAGGGUGUUAAUGCUGACAGCAUCAAACAAGCCUCAGAACAACUGAACAGCCGGUGGGCCGAGUUCUGCCAAUUGCUAAGUGAGAGACUUAACUGGCUGGAGUAUCAGAACAGCAUCAUCGCUUUCUAUAAUCAGCUACAACAAUUGGAGCAGAUGACAACUACUGCUGAAAACUGGUUGAAAACCCAACCCACCACCACCUCAGAGCCAGCCGCAAUUGAAAGCCAGUUAAAAAUUUGUAAGGAUGAAGUCAGCCGGUUGUCAGCUCUUCAGCCUCAAAUCGAGCGAUUAAAAAUUCAAAGUAUAACCCUGAAAGAAAAAGGACAAGGGCCAAUGUUCCUGGAUGCCGACUUCGUGGCCUUUACAAAUCAUUUCAACCAAGUCUUCGCUGAUGUGCAGGCCAGACAAAAAGAGCUACAGACAAUUUUUGACACGUUGCCGCCCAUGCGCUAUCAGGAGACCAUGAGCACCGUCCUGACCUGGAUCCAGCAGUCAGAAACCAAACUCUCUAUACCUCAGAUUACCGUCACUGACUAUGAAAUCAUGGAGCGGAGACUCAGCGAGUUACAGGCUUUACAAAGUUCUCUGCAAGAGCAACAAAGUGGCGUAAACUAUCUCAGCACCACUGUGAAAGAGAUGUCACAGAAAGCGCCCUCUGAUAUUAGCCGGAAAUACCAAUCAGAAUUUGAAGAGAUUGAUGGCCGCUGGAAAAAGCUCUCCUCUCAGCUGGUCGAACAUUGCCAAAAGCUAGAGGAGCACAUGGCUAAACUCCGAAAAAUUCAAAAUCACAUAAAAACCCUGAAGAAAUGGAUGGCUGAAGUUGGUGUUUUCCUGAAGGAGGAAUGGCCUGCCCUUGGGGAUUUAGAAAUCCUUAAAAAGCAGCUGAAGCAGUGCAGGCUUUUAGUCAAUGAUAUCCAGACAAUUCAGCCCAGUCUAAAUAGUGUCAAUGAAGGUGGGCAGAAGAUAAAGAGUGAAGCGGAGCCAGAGUUUGCUUCCAGACUUGAGAUAGAGCUCAGAGAACUCAACACUCAGUGGGAUCACAUGUGCCAACAGGUCCAUGCCAGAAAGGAAGCCUUAAAGGUAGGCUUGGAUAAAACUGUAAGCCUUCAGAAAGACCUGUCAGAGAUGCAUGAAUGGAUGACGCAAGCUGAAGAAGAGUACCUAGAGAGAGAUUUUGAGUAUAAAACCCCAGAUGAAUUACAGACAGCAGUUGAAGAGAUGAAGAGAGCUAAAGAAGAGGCCCAGCAGAAGGAAGCCAAAGUCAAACUCCUGACUGAGUCCGUGAAUAGUGUCAUAGCUCAAGCUCCACCUGCCGCACAAGAGGCCUUAAAAAAGGAACUUGACACUCUGACUACCAACUACCAGUGGCUCUGCACCAGACUGAAUGGGAAAUGCAAGACUUUGGAAGAAGUUUGGGCGUGUUGGCAUGAGUUACUGUCGUACUUGGAGAAGGCAAACAAGUGGCUAAAUGAAGUAGAAUUCAAACUUAAAACCACUGAAAAUAUUCCCGGUGGAUCUGAGGAAAUCUCCGAGGUGCUAGAGUCACUUGAAAAUUUGAUGCAGCACUCAGAGGAUAACCCAAAUCAGAUUCGCAUAUUGGCACAGACCCUAACAGAUGGCGGAGUCAUGGAUGAACUGAUCAAUGAGGAACUUGAGACAUUUAAUUCUCGUUGGAGAGAACUACAUGAAGAGGCCGUGAGGAGGCAAAAGUUGCUUGAACAGAGUAUCCAGUCUGCCCAGGAGAUCGAAAAAUCCUUACACUUAAUUCAGGAGUCCCUUUCAUCCAUUGACAAGCAGUUGGCAGCUUAUAUUGCUGACAAAGUGGACGCGGCUCAAAUGCCUCAGGAAGCCCAGAAAAUCCAAUCAGAUUUGACAAGUCAUGAGAUCAGUUUAGAAGAAAUGAAGAAACAUUACCAGGGAAAGGAGGCUGCCCAAAGGGUACUGUCCCAAAUUGAUGAGGCACAGAAAAAAUUGCAAGAUGUUUCCAUGAAGUUUCGAUUAUUCCAGAAGCCAGCCAAUUUUGAGCAACGUCUACAGGAAAGUAAGAUGAUCUUAGAUGAAGUGAAGAUGCACUUGCCUGCAUUGGAAACAAAGAGCAUCGAACAGGAAGUAGUACAGUCACAGUUAAAUCAUUGUGUGAACUUGUAUAAAAGUCUGAGUGAAGUGAAGUCUGAAGUGGAGAUGGUGAUAAAAACUGGACGUCAAAUUGUACAGAAGAAACAAACAGAAAACCCUAAAGAACUUGAUGAAAGAAUAACAGCUUUGAAAUUGCAUUAUAAUGAGCUGGGAGCGAAGGUAACAGAAAGAAAGCAACAGUUGGAAAAAUGCUUGAAAUUGUCCCGUAAGAUGCGAAAGGAAAUGAAUGCCUUGACAGAAUGGCUGGCAGCCACAGAUAUGGAAUUGACAAAGAGAUCAGGAGUUGAAGGAAUGCCUAGUAAUUUGGAUUCUGAAGUUGCUUGGGGAAAGGCUACUCAGAAGGAGAUUGAAAAACAGAAGGUUCACCUAAAGAGUGUCACGGAGCUAGGAGAGGCCUUGAAGAUGGUUUUGGGCAAGAAGGAAAUCUUGGUGGAAGAUAAACUGAGUCUUCUGAAUAGUAACUGGAUAGCUGUCACUUCCCGAGCAGAAGAGUGGUUAAACCUUUUGUUGGAAUACCAGAAACACAUGGAAACCUUUGACCAGAAUGUGGAUCACAUCACAAACUGGAUCAUUCAUGCUGAUGCACUUUUGGAUGAAUCUGAGAAAAAGAAACCCCAGCAAAAAGAAGACAUGCUUAAGCGUCUAAAGGCUGAAAUGAAUGACAUGCGCCCAAAGGUGGACUCCACGCGUGACCAAGCAGCAAACUUGAUGGCAAACCGCGGCGAGCACUGCAGGAAAGUAGUAGAGCCCAAAAUCUCAGAGCUCAACCAUCGAUUUGCAGCCAUUUCUCACAGAAUUAAGACUGGAAAGGCCUCCAUUCCUUUGAAGGAAUUGGAGCAGUUUAACUCAGAUAUACAAAAAUUGCUUGAACCACUGGAGGCUGAAAUUCAGCAGGGGGUGAAUCUGAAAGAGGAAGACUUCAAUAAAGAUAUGAGUGAAGACAAUGAGGGUACUGUAAAAGAAUUGUUGCAAAGAGGAGACAACUUACAACAAAGACUCACAGAUGAGAGAAAGCGAGAGGAAAUAAAGAUAAAACAGCAGCUGUUACAGACAAAACAUAAUGCUGUCAAGGAUUUGAGGUCUCAAAGAAGAAAAAAGGCUCUAGAAAUUUCUCAUCAGUGGUAUCAGUACAAGAGGCAGGCUGAUGACCUCCUGAAAUGCUUGGAUGACAUUGAAAAAAAAUUAGCCAGCCUACCUGAACCCCAAGAUGAAAGGAAAAUAAAGGAAAUUGAUCGGGAAUUGCAGAAGAAGAAAGAGGAGCUGAACGCAGUGCGUAGGCAAGCUGAGGGCUUGUCUGUGGAUGGGGCCGCAAUGGCAGUGGAGCCAACCCAGAUCCAGCUCAGCAAUCGCUGGCGGGAAAUUGAGAGCAAAUUUGCUCAGUUUCGAAGACUCAACUUUGCACAAAUUCACACUGUCCGUGAAGAAUCGGUGAUGGUGAUGACGGAAGAGAUGCCUUUGGAAAUUUCUUAUGUGCCUUCUACUUAUCUGACUGAGAUCACGCAUGUCUCACAAGCUCUAUCAGAAGUGGAACAACUUCUUAAUGCUCCCGACCUCUGUGCUAAAGAUUUUGAAGAUCUCUUUAAACAAGAGGAGUCUCUGAAGAAUAUAAAAGACAGCCUGCAACAAAUCACAGGUCGGAUUGACAUGAUUCACAAUAAGAAGACAGCAGCAUUGCAAAGCACCACCCCUGCGGAAAGAGCAAAGCUCCAGGAAGCUCUCUCACGGCUUGAUUUCCAAUGGGAAAAAGUUAACAAGAUGUACAAGGACCGCCAAGGACGAUUUGACAGAUCUGUUGAAAAAUGGCGGCGGUUUCAUUACGAUAUGAAGAUAUUUAAUCAAUGGCUAACAGAAGCUGAACAGUUCCUCAAAAAGACGCAAAUUCCUGAGAAUUGGGAACAUGCCAAAUACAAAUGGUAUCUUAAGGAACUCCAGGAUGGCAUUGGGCAGCGGCAAAUUGUCGUCAGAGUAUUGAAUGCAACUGGAGAAGAGAUCAUUCAACAGUCCUCAAAAACAGAUGCCAGUAUUCUACAAGAAAAAUUGGGAAGCCUGAAUCUGCGGUGGCAGGAGGUCUGCAAACAGCUGGCAGAAAGGAAAAAGAGGCUAGAAGAACAAAAGAAUAUCUUGUCAGAAUUUCAAAGAGAUUUAAAUGAAUUUGUUUUAUGGUUGGAAGAAGUGGAUAACAUUACUAGUACUCCACUUGAACCUGGAAAUGAGCAGCUGCUAAAAGAAAAACUCGAACAAGUCCAGUUACUGGCAGAAGAGUUGCCUCUGCGCCAGGGAAUUCUAAAACAAUUAAAUGAAACCGGAGGAACAGUGCUUGUAAGUACUCCCAUAAACCCAGAAGAACAAGAUAAACUGGAAAAUAAGCUCAAGCAGACAAAUCUUCAGUGGAUAAAGGUUUCUAGACAUUUGCCUGAGAAACAAGGGGAAAUUGAGGCACACAUCAAAGACCUUGGACAGUUUGAAGAACAAUUAAACCAUCUGCUUCUGUGGCUUUCUCCUAUCAAGAAUCAGCUGGAAAUUUACAACCAACCAAAUCAAACUGGACCAUUUGACAUUAAGGAAACUGAAGUAGCAGUUCAAGCUAAACAGCCGGAUGUGGAAGGGAUUUUGUCUAAAGGGCAGCGUUUGUACAAGGAAAAACCAGCCACUCAGCCAGUGAAGAGGAAAUUAGAAGAUCUGAGCUCUGAGUGGAAGGUGGUAACCCAUUUACUUCAAGAGCUGAGGGCAAAGCAGCCCGGCCCAGCUCCUGGACUGACCACUGUUGGAGCCUCUCCUAGUCAGACUGUUACUCUGGUGACACAACCCGUGGUUACCAAGGAAACUGCCAUCUCCAAACUAGAAAUGCCUUCUUCUUUGCUGUUGGAGGUACCUGCUCUAGCAGAUUUCAACCGGGCUUGGACGGAGCUUACCGACUGGCUGUCUCUGCUUGAUCGAGUUAUAAAAUCACAGAGAGUGAUGGUGGGUGACCUUGAAGACAUCAACGAGAUGAUCAUAAAGCAGAAGGCCACCCUGCAGGAUUUGGAGCAGAGGCGCCCCCAGUUGGAAGAACUCAUUACUGCUGCCCAGAAUUUGAAAAACAAGACCAGCAAUCAAGAGGCUAGAACAGUCAUUACUGAUCGAACUGGGCUGGCGUCCAUGGAGAUACCAGCCUCUCCCUCAUAUCCUUGGUUGUUGGUCCAAGCAGGCAGUUGCUUCCUGGACUAG